CAGAUGUUGACCAGCGGAAUGAAUCCAGUCGUUGUCACUUUAUCUCCGCAAUGAAGGCGCCCAAGGGCUACGCGAAGGUGGCGGGCGCGGCGGAGCCGGCAGGGUCCCAUAUCGGAUGUAAGGAGUACCUUAUGACGGUAUCCAGUCGGCUUUACUUCUCCAGCUUCUACCGCCUCGUAUACUUCUUCAUGAUCGCUUCCAGUGUGGUGUGCGUCGCCUGGACUGGGAUGAAUAACUGGAAAAUUCCAUCGUCGGUGGUGUUUAUUUCGCUGGAGAUCACGGUCAGUGCGCUGCUGGUGUUCGAGGUGUUGCUGCGGAUGAUGGCGUUUAAGAGGGUGAGCGAUGGUGCAGUCACGAGUGGCAGGUUCUGGAAACAGUGGGGUCUUACUCAGCGUGUCGUCUGUUGUAAAUGGCAGAGGUUCUGGCACAAAUGGUGCAACGUCUUCGACGUUGUCGCCUUAGGUGAGUUCGAGUUCAACGGCGACUCUGAUGAUGCCGUAGCUGAUGGACUGCUGUCUGUGCUGCAGUUAUGAGCCUGGUGUCAGUGGCCAUGUACUUCAACGAGGGGGAAGGCGUGCUGGGUGAACUGGAAGAAGUCGCGGCGGACUCGGUGCUGGCGCUGCGCAACGCAGUACAGUACGUCAGAUUGGCGAUUUUCCUCAAGUAGGUUUCUCGGCUUUGGUGGUUUAGUGAUGCGAUGGAGCGAGUUAAUGAGCUAUUCGUUAUUUUCUGCAGGAACCGGUCGGAUCAGCCCACUACUAUCGGCAAAGACAUUGACUUCGAGGAGUUGGCCGUACAUCCGGAUGAUGAGAGAGAAAUAAUGCUGAACGCGGAGAGCGGGAUGGGCUUGGACAGUGACGACGAAGAAGAAAUCAGGAUAGUGUAGCCAUGCUGUUUCGAGGCGGCCUGUGUCGGUGUUAUUAUCGCUUUGUUGUAAUGUCGUGUGCAUCGUUUGGUAAUGCAAUUCAGUGCGUACCGCAUAAAUAUGUUGAAUUGGACAAAAGUUUAAACAAAGAGUGCCAAAGAGUGCUCGUAUUGAGUUACGUA